UGUGAUGAGACUUUCAGCACUCGGCAGGAAAUUGUCUACCAUCUCAAAGUGCACUCCGGAAGCCGGACUGUGAAAAGUGAGACUGAUAAGAAAUUUCCAUGUGAUUAUUGCGACAGAAAGUUCUUCACAGCAAAAGAUGUACGUAGACAUCUUGUUGUACAUACAGGUAGACGUGACUUCUUGUGCCCAUAUUGUCCUCAAAAGUUUGGACGCAAAGAUCACUUGGUCAGACAUGUCAAGAAUGCUCACCCUGAAAAGUCCUGGAGGUCUGCAGCGGUGGGUACGUCAAGUGAACCACCUCCAGAAGCAUCCGCCUUUGAAGAGAGUUUCUCCGACUUUCCUAUAGAAGAUGUGGAUUUUAAAAUUUGGAAUCCAACAUCACCUAAAGCGGGUACAUCUGAAGGACGGACGAGAGUGCCAUCCACAGAUAUCAUUGUGGAAAUGCCAACGGAUCUUGAUAUAAAAGUGGAACCUUUGGAAAUAAAACAGGAACAACAGACUUCACCUGCGUAUGAACCAUUUGGUCCUGAGUAUGAAGUGUUUGUUAUACCAUCACCAUUUCCAGCGACGCCGUCCAACUUGCCGUAUAUACCACAGCCGCUAUCUGAUCCCGAGCAUUUACUCAAUCCUGAUAGUGUUGUACAACUUUGA